AUGGAGCUCCAAGCGUCAACUUUGCGUGCAUGUAGCUCACCCACGAAGAUUCUAUCAGUUCUACCAACUGGUAUAAAGUCACCUACAAAGAUUCGUACUCCGACAAAGUCAGUGCGGCUUCGAGAGACUCACAAAAUCUCGAGAUCUCAGGAUGUAAAGAAGAGGUUACUCCAGGUUCGAGAAACUCACGACGAGGGGCAAUUGCCACCUACCAAGUACAUCAAAUCAAGUGAAAGAAAUGAUGCGAUACAUUCAAAAUAUAAUGAUUCAGCCGUUUGCACCGUUGUCGCUGACGAUGUCGUAGAAGAAUCAAAAGCAGCCAAGAAUGACGAAUGCUCAGGUCUUGCAAAUGGUUUGAACCACCAACUGGAAAUUGCACGAUGUCUUGAGAAAGAAUUAGUGUGGGAAAAUUCUAGUAUGAAGCUUAAAGCACUGUCUCUAAGGAAUGAUGUGGAUUUCUACUACAAUCUUUUGGCCAGAAUCGAAGUCACGGUGGCUGAAAUAGGACGGAAAAGUGCAAGUAAGAAUGAUAAGGAGCGUGAUCAAAUUAUGAGUCUAGCAGAUCAGUUGCAAAAAAUUAUUAGCGCGCCCAAAACGAUGGACGAAGUGUCGACUUUUGAGAAGAAAUAG